CACCCAAUAACAACUCCAUUGACGAAAGGUUGUUAGAGUGGAGUGACAGCGGCCGGCCAACGAGCGGGAGCUGGAGCUGGACCCCAGCCCUGUCCGUCGCUGCCCCUCCCCCCUCCCCGGGCGUUAUAUCUGCUGCAAGCACAGGGGGGAGUCCCAUUCGGUCAGUGAUAGCUAGCAGCAGCUCGCCGCAGCUCAGGGCGGCUCGCACCCAGAUCCCAAUGCGCGCCGCCGCCGCGUCGCUCUAGGCCGAGAGAAGCAGCGGUGAGUGAGACCGAGACGCCCGGACGUGCAGCCAUGAAGGUCCUCGCCGUGCUGGCGCUCGUCGCCGCCGCCGCGCCGUUCCUCCGCGCCGCCGGCCAGGGCGGCGAGGGCGACGACGGGGCCGGGCCGCUGCCGUUCGCGGUGGGCGCGGCGCCGGCGGGGUGCGACAUCGGGCAGGGGGAGUGGGUGCGCGACGAGGCGGCGCGGCCGUGGUACCAGGAGUGGGAGUGCCCCUACAUCCAGCCGCAGCUGACGUGCCAGGCGCACGGCCGCCCCGACAAGGGCUACCAGAACUGGCGCUGGCAGCCGCGCGGCUGCUCGCUGCCGAGCUUCAACGCGACGAUGAUGCUGGAGAUGCUGCGGGGCAAGCGGAUGCUGUUCGUGGGCGACUCGCUGAACCGGGGGCAGUACGUGUCCCUGCUGUGCCUCCUCCACCGCGCCAUCCCCGACGGUGCCAAGUCGUUCGAGACGGUCGACUCGCUCAGCAUCUUCCGGGCCAAGAACUACGACGCCACCAUCGAGUUCUACUGGGCGCCCAUGCUGGCCGAGUCCAACUCCGACGACGCCGUCGUGCACCGCGUCGACGACCGCGUCAUCCGCGGCGCGCCCAUGGACAAGCACUCGCGGUUCUGGCAGGGCGCCCACAUCCUCGUCUUCAACUCCUACCUCUGGUGGACGGCCGGCGACAAGAUCAAGAUCCUGAGGGGCGCUGACAACGACUUGAGCAAGGACAUUGUGGAGAUGAAGGCGGCGGAGGCCUACCGGCUGGUGCUGUACCAGGUGGUCCGGUGGCUGGAGCUUAACGCCGACCCCAAGAACUCGCGGGCCUUCUUCGUCACCGCGUCGCCGACCCACACAGAUAGCUCCGCGUGGGGCGACGAGACGGAGGGCGGCAACUGCUACGACCAGACGACGCCGAUCGGCGACGCCUCCUACUGGGGCAGCACGAGCCGGGAGAUGCUGCGGGUGACGGAGGAGGUGCUGGCCACGUCGCGGGUGCCCGUCGGCGUGGUCAACAUCACGCAGCUGUCGGAGUACCGCCGGGACGGCCACACGCAGACCUACAAGAAGCAGUGGGCGGAGCCGACGCCGGAGCAGCGCGCCGACCCCAGGAGCUACGCCGACUGCACGCACUGGUGCCUCCCCGGCGUGGCGGACACCUGGAACGAGCUGCUCUACUGGAAGCUCUUCUUCCCCAGCAACGACCAGGCCCUCUGAUCGAUGACCAAAGGCAUGCGUACAUACACUCGGAACCCAUUGUUGGAAGAGGCUAGCCCAUGUGACAUCAUCGAUCACGCAGCACAUGCAUCGUAAAGAGAAACAAAUGUAGAUUAAGAAUUGAACGUCAUGUGUGAUUAGUUGCUGCUGUUCAUGAGGCAGAAACCUUUGGGUGGUGGCCGUCGUUGUAAUUUUUUUUCUGUUUUCUUUUUCGGUCAGUGUAAUGACGCUCUUUUGGUGAAUGAAGGGGAAAAAUCAUAGAAAAACUUAUCCUUGUAUAUGUGAAUAUGAUUGCGCA